ACAGAUUUCAAUUAUAGAAUAAGUUAAUAUUUUCUGCUAGAACGUCACAAUUAUUCUCAACAAUACACGCGUGAUAAUUGUUUAGAAAGAAUCCAGUUCGUUUCUUUGUUUUCGUCAAUAGAAUUUCUGUUAAAUUUUAAAUCGUAAAGAUCAGAAAUAUGAAACGAAACGAAAAUGAAAAUCCACGGGACAUAAAAUCAAAUAGAAAUGACAAGAAAAAAUAAAAUCUGGAAGAAAAAAUCGUUUCCAUCAAAAUCGGAACCAAAAUUGUCGUUCCCGUGUGUCAAGAAGAAGAAGGGCUUAUACAAAACUUCUGAGAAACAUCAGGAAACAAAUUAAAUUUCCGAAGAAGCCCAUGUCUUCCUUUCUUUACUUUUACCUCGAAAAUCUUCCUAAACUUAAAGCGGAGAGAGGAGUAAAAACGACAGAAGCCGCAAAAACCCUCGGACAAGAAUGGAAAACUCUAGGGCAAGAAAUUAAAGAAAAUUAUAAAAAGAAAUCAAAGAUGGAUAGAGAGAGAUAUUGGAGUGAGAAGCAGUCUCUUCCGGCUUCUAUGAUUAGUCCAUCAAAAUACUUAAAACGUCAGUCUAAGUUACAUCUUCCUAAGAAAAGUCUCUCCUCUUUCAUUUAUUAUUAUAAAGACAUUCACGCCGACGUAAGAAAGGAAAAUCCUCGAUUUAAAACAUCUGAAAUCGCCAAAGAAGUAGAAAAAAAAAAAAAAUGGAACUGUUUAAAGAAAGAAGACAAGGAAAAAUAUAUAAAAAUGGCCGAGGAAGACAAAGAAAGAUAUUGCAAAGAAAAGAUAGAAUUGGCACGUAUGAAACUAGAGACCGUAAACGAGGAUGAGAAACAACCAAGAGACAGUGAAUCCAAAGAGAGUGAAGAAUUAGCCGAUGAACAUCCGGAUUCGAUUAAUGUGGCAAAAUGGAAAGCUUGGCUGUUAUUUCUAAUGAAUAUUUUUAAGUCAGGAUGUGAUUUAAAAGAAUAGAAUUGACGUUAAUCGUACUAAAAAUUGAUUCAAAAUUUUUA